AUGUCUUUGAAGAACUCAAAAACAAGCGGAUCACCAAACCGAGGAAUGUCACUUCCUCAACAGGUGAAGAUCCUGAGGCGUACUGGACCUAUCUGCAGUACAAACAGAGAGAUUGAUCUAACGACAAUGCUGAGCAAAACUGCAAGUGUCCCAGAUCCUCAGAAAGGGUACUCUAGCCUGUAUAACAAUUGGACUCAACGUAGUAAAAACAAGCUUCAACUGGCUCAUGAGAGGCUUAACCUUGUCUACCACAAAAAGGAGGCUGCUGAAUCUAACACUGACACACAGGAACAACUCACCUACUCUGUAUCAUAUCCUAAGUCUGGUAUUGGGGGAUUGCCUAAAAGUCUUCACACUGACUUUGCAAAAGAAAAGGUUGAGUUCGGGGUCACUAAGGGCGGUAUGGGUGACAAACACAAGACCAUCAAGAUGAUGGGGAUUAAGUCUAAACGUGUAGAAACCAAAUCGAUGGAUGAGUCUAUGAAUGUGUCUCAUAAUAACCGUCAGACAAGACAUGACCCUUAG